AUGGGUAGGAUGGUGAAUGAAGACAACAAUGGUCAAGAUUUUGACGAAAAAUCACACGAUUCCAUACAAAGGGACUAUCUCCGUAUUUCUGCAGUGCUAAGUAUUAUAUCUCACUCAAAGUUAUCGCUACAACUAGAAGAACCAAUAACUCCUUACGAGGAAUCUCUUCUCAAGAUCUUGACUGGAAUAACUGUAGGUGGAAAGACAGUUUUGGAUACUCAUUCUAUAAGUAUUACACCUGGAAAGCUCGUAGGUGGCAAUUUUAGCUUCAAAUGUUCGAAUUUGAUGCCCCUAUCAUAUUAUUUGGAACCACUUGUUUACCUAGUUCCGCUUUCUUCCGAGCAUACUUCGGUGAAAUUAGAAUUGCCAAGGGAGGGGGAGGGAAAUGAAGAGUUUUACAAGCAAUUUUCUACUCUCGAGGCGUUUUGUAGCGCUAGUACUCUUAUCCUUCGCACAAUAGGCUGUGAAGAUGCAUCAUUCCGCUACAAGGAACCGUACGAAGUCAUUUUUGAGUGUUCUCCAAUACGUAAGAUUGAACCUCUAGAUUUGUCUAAAGAAGGCAAAACUAAAAGAAUAAGAGGAACUGUGCAAGUUAGAGCUUUGCAACCCUCGCUUGGAAAGUCUGCGAUUAUCGGAGCAAAAAAAAUACUGAGUGCAGUAUGUGAUAAUGUUUGGGUUGCACUCGCCUCACCACCCGGAAAAUCUGAGCCUUCAAUUACCAUUUCCUUGAUAGCUGAAGGUACAAACAGUAUACACACCGCAGAUUCUACCGUAUACGCAAAAGAGUUGGAAGUCAAAGAAAAGGCUAAUAACUCAUCAAAGUAUCUGGCAAACUCAAGCCUUUCAAAAAUAUUAGAAAUCGCAGGUAGAAAAGAAAAGGCUAAAGAAGAUACUCCUGCUCAGGAUGAUUCAGAGUAUGGAGAUUCUUCUGUUCCUAUACAUGAAAAAUGUGAGAGAAUAGGCACAAUUUGUGCCGAACGACUCUGCACGGAAAUAAGCUUUGGUGGAUAUUUUGAUACAACUCACCAGCAUAUCCCUUUGGUUUUCAUGUCUUUAUCUGGCGACCAUCGUGUUAGUCGGUUGAGAAUUUCAAAACUUACCAGAUACACGAUCAUGUUGUUGAGGCAACUUAAGGAGUAUUUCCGGGUAACAUUCAAAUUUGACGAACUUGAAGAUGGACUAAUUGCAAAAUGCGUUGGCAUAAACUAUAACAAUCUCAACAUGAAGACCUUUUAG